UUCGUAUCCAAUAAAUAUAUUACUCGUAUAUGUUUAUGUUUUUGCCAAUAUAGGAAGGAAGGAAGGAAGAAGGCAGGUCUAACAAUCCAAGUCUCCUCUGGUUAUUUUGACCACCGGAAACAUAUACAUAUGAUUUCAUAAUAAUUAUUAGGGUUGGCUCCAUACCCCAUGGAGAUCAUAUAUCUAUCUAUCUAUCUAUCACCAUUAAGCCUUUGACUUCUUGUCAUGGCUUACUACUCGUACAUACAUCGUCAUCAAUUCAUCAUCUUUGUUGAAGUCAGAUCUUUGAUGUGAAAAUUCUAACUCAACCCUAAUUCCCAUUCUUAUAUUCUUUCCAAUUCAAGAUUUGUCUUCUCUUGAUUUCAUAUCGAAAAAUGUAAAGUUUCCACCUUUUUUGACUUUUUGUUAUUACCAUUCAAUUUUAUUUUGCUCACAAGUUGUUUGGUGUUAAAAAGGUAGAAACUUUUUGGGUUUUUAGAUAUGGGUGAUGAAUCUUUGUUUUAUGAUUUUAGUUAUGGGCUUCGUUUGGAUAGUUAUAAAGAUAUGAAAUUUGAUGGCUUUAAUAAAGAUGAUUCUUUUAAAUUGAAUUGGGAAUGGGAAUGGAAGAAAGAUGUGAAAUUUGAUGGGUAUUGUUUUGAUAGUUGUAAAGAUAUGAAAUUUGAUAGCUUUAAAGAUGAUUAUUCGAAAUUGAAUUGGGAAUGUCAGAAAGAUGUGAAUGUGAUUGAUAUGUUGCCUAAUGAUCCUUUUGAGAUGAAUAUAAGCGGUGGCUGUACUAUGAUUAGGGGAUGGAUUCAUGAUAAUGAUGAUGAUGAUAGUAUUGGGUAUAUUAAAAUAAGUGAUACCCGGCCAAUUGGGGAUGAAACCGGUCUAGAUGAUACUCCAACGAAUGGUUUAUUUUUGUUUGAUAAUAAAAAUAAAGUCUUGCAUUCGAUUAACAACGAGCACGUUGCAAGUUGCUGUAACUAUGGUGUUGGUGAUUUUGAUGGUGAUGGUGUUGCUGGUGCACCUCAUGAUGGUUUGUUUUUUGCACUUGGGUAUCUUGGAAUAAGGGACUUGUUUUCAGUUGAAAGGGUUUGUAAAUCGUUACGUGAUGCUGUUCGUCAUGAUCCUUUGCUUUGGAGGGACAUACGUAUUGAUCAACCACCAGGCGAGUCAUUUGAUGAUGAUUCUUUGUUAAGGAUUACUGAUCGAGCUAGUGGUAGUCUUCAAUCCUUGACUCUCGUCAAGUGUUUAAAGAUUUCGGAUGACGGUCUCAAGAAUGUUUGUCUGCAAAAUCCAGGGCUAACCAAGCUAAGUGUUCUGGGAUGUAACGGUCUAAGUAUGGAGGGCCUCUUAAACAACUUGAAAUCUUUGGAGUCUUCCGGGGGAGGUGGAAUAAAGCGGUUGAGAAUUGGGGGGUUUCAUAGCAUAACAAUGGAGCAAUACGAAGAACUAAAGAAAGUAUUAUCCAUAAAUAACCAAAACCAGCCCAUUUCUCCUAAAGCACGGUUCUACCAAGGUGGUCAGCUGUAUCUUUCAUUAGAUGAUGACCGCCCAAUUGACAUAGAGUCGUGCCCUAGAUGUCAGCAACUCAGACAAGUUUAUGACUGUCCAGCAGAGAGUUGUGAAUCGAGACACAGUAAUUGCAAGGCAUGUACAUUCUGCAUUCCACGAUGCAUUAAUUGUGGGUGCUGCUUCAAUGAACGGGAUUACAUGGAAACGUUUUGUUUGGAUUUCCUGUGUUUGGAUUGUUUAACGUAUAUAUUGGGGUUCCCAGAUGGUGAAGAGGAGGAUAUCAGUAUUCCUUCAGGCUUUCAUCAACAAGCAAGUUAUCAUUUUUGCCUCUAUGGCUAGAUGAUAAUUAGAUGUUUAUGGUAUGCUCUACAAACUGUUUUUUUUUUUGUGGUAACGGUUACCAGAACCUUGGCUACUGCAAGGUUUGAAACCGAAACAUCUUGGUUGUAAGGCACUGCUGAAACUGAUAAGCUAAAUAAUGUUGGUAGACAAUUGAUUUGAUCUGAAGCGUAGAUUAUUUUCAACUAAAAAAUGUAUCUGUCGAUUGAAGAAGUUGGGUGUUUGGUAUCUGCUAAUAAAAAUUGGCAUUGCUGAUAGAAUCUUCCAAUUUUGGUAGAUUUGUGAAAGAGUAGGUUAAGAGCAAGGAUAGCGUUUGGCGUCUCUUGAAGAAUUGGGAGAGAUUUCAAAAGAAGGCUGCUUUUCAAGAUUGGUUUCGAUACAGUUGUUCGCUCCCUUGACUGAUUAUUGAUACGGAUAAGGUCUUGUGUAUUAUAACAGUAUUGGUUCGUGCAAUAGCUUGUUUCUAUCUUUAUCGUCCUUGUUCUGUUUGGAUUGUUUUCUUUAUAUUUAACAUCUUAUAAAUAAGAUUCAUAAUAUGAAAAGUAAACCGACCCUUCACCAUGGUUGAUGGAUGCAAGACAUUUUUGGAGGCAUGUAAUUGUAAUGUUCAUA